AUGGCGAUCGUUCCGCUUCUCCGUCGCGGCAGCACCCGGACACGCUUCGGCGCCACUAACAGUUCACAAUCAACAUCGGCAUCCACCUCGAACCAAGCCACGUCAGGAUCAGGAACUGCCAAACCACGCGACGCAACCGUCCCAACUUCAAAUACAAUACCCACACCGCACGUACCAGGACGGCCCGGUCGCCCUCGCAAGGUCGGCAGCACAUCUGCUCAGGCUCAGGAUGAACAAGAUAGGCCCAAACGAUCCCGAGGACGACCCCCUAAACUUCGAGAUGAGACCGAAGAAGUAGAGUCCCCUUCAGACGUCGAUGAACCUCAGUCGCCCUCCGAAUCAACGGAAGCUAUCAACGAAAGCAUGGAUGUUGACAUGGAGGUUGACCAGCCAGAGUCAGGGUCGACUAGCCACACGCAGGAGGAGCGUCCUGACAGGAAAGAGACUACUCUAGUCGCAGUGGAACUGGAUGAAUCGUCGUCUAGGGGUAGGGGUAGAGUCAUGAGCCAAAGCAGGGAUAGCAGUCAAGACAGGGGUAUGAGUAAAAGUAGAGGUGACAGCGACAGCAGAAGCAGAAGCAGGAACAGUGAUGGCCACAGCAGGACCAUGAGCGGAAGCAGGAGCGAGUCGCCCACACGUAAACAAGGUCGCACAGAGUCGAGUCAUGUGAGCGAGGAGCGGGACGGCGAUGAUGGCUCCAGUGCCUCGGACGGUGAUGAUGCAGAUGCAGACUCGGAUGAUGACCGGCGCGGGACAGGGGCAUCCAAGGAAAAGCGAUCGAGGACUGAGCGGGUACCGACAAAACGGAGACUACGUUCAAGCAAGCGGAUUCCAAAUGUAGUCGCUCAUUUGACAGCCGAUGCCGACGGACUUGAUAUGGAUCAUCUUUUGAGUGAUUUUACAGAGGAACAGCAGCAGCUCAAAGCCAACACCAGCGCCGCCGUUGCGUUGACUCGACUCUUUCGUCAGGGUAUUCAGGACUCUGAAAGUCUUCACCCGGAUAUGGUCGAUGCACAGGAUUAUGAGCUUAUCCGGCACACAUUUGGAGAAAUCGAGGACUUGAACCUCAACUUGACUGGUACCAUGUCAACACCUGAUGAAAGCAACUCAGAGGACGACGAACUCACAAGGGACUUGAAGCGAGACCACCGUGCCGCCAAAAGGAAUCUCUAUGAAGUAUCGGCGGAGUACAAGGUGGCCAAAAACAGCAUGAGGAUUCAAAUGACGGCGGCUCUGGAUGUGGAAGAAACACAAAUUCGCGCAGGAACACACCCUGGCUUACUGGCAGAACUGAGGGCUAUCGAGGACCGACGAAACGCCAGGAUCGACAUUGCCCGGGCUCAAAAAGGGUAUGCAGAACGGAUGUGGGAACAAAACUAUCAGGCUGUCCGCAAGGCUGCCUUUGACCAGUACAAGGCUGGCUUGAUCGACACCAGGCGGGUCAUGAUCGACUUGGUUCAGAGCCGUAUGGAUAGGAUCAAGCAGGAGAAGGAAGAAAGCAACAGGGUGGCGGAAAAGGCGAAUAUCAAAACAAAGGCUCUUGCGGAAGCGCUCUUCUACAGGAACACUGUUAUAGCGAACCAUGCAAACCCUGCGAACGAUUCUUGUGGAGAAAGCUGUUCCAGCUACGACUCAUACUCCAGCUCAGGAUCGGAAUGCAGUGAUUGCGAGAUUUGCAUCCCAUCGAAACAAUCCAGAGUGUCCCGCCUGACUGCACCCCAGGGACUGAGUCGCAAGGAGGUAGCAGCUGACCUCGCCUUCCUGUUUCCAGAUGAGACUCUUUCUCGCCCCGCAGCCUCAAGAGACACAUUUUCACCCAUGGGACAGGUUGUCAGUCAGCAACAGCAUAUGAUCGACCAGAUGAACGAGGAGAGACGCAAGCGGCGACGCGUGAUGGACCGGGAGAUGCAGAACAAAACUGCUUACAAGAAGCAUGCUGGUCAAUCUGCAGAUAUCAGGAUGACCUCUGGGAGCCCAACUCACGACAUGGAUAUCGAUCAGGAAGCGGAUGAUAUGUUUGAUCAGCAAUUGGCUCGGUCAAGACACGGGAAAGGGUACAAUUCUCGUGCUGAUUCUCCUGCGCAAGCACAGGGCAGACGCUACCGAUCCAUCCCGGAUGCGCCACCGACCAGACCGACAAAGGAUCAUCAGCCACGUUUUAUUCCAGGAUUUGGACCGGAUGGACCUGAGCAAGCGCCUCCCAAGGACGACCCCAGCUCCCCUUAUUCAUCGCGAUACCCACUCACUGAUCGCUACGGUCGACCUUGGGAUGCCAGUCGUCUAGGCAUUCCCGAUAAGUUGACGGAUCCUCGCCAACUACGCCCGCCCCCUCCACUGUCCGUUGGUGGCCGAGAGAGCUCAAGGCCCUUUGGAUCAUCUCGCCACUACGACGCCAGUCCUAAGGAGAGGAAUGGUCGUCUGGCAGAUCCUCUCCAGGACGCUCGACAGCAAUUAAUGCACCCGCGCUCCCGCCAUCACGACGACUCUUACCGUUCACGAUACGAACACGACCCCGCCAUAGCUUAUGGGCCUCAUCACACACAGUCCCUUCGUUACCCAUCCGAUCCCGCGGCCUACCACCCCCCUGAUCCUCGUGCUUACCCCUACGACGAUCCCAGGAGUAUUGUCCCACCUCGCAAACGCCCUCCGAUGUUACCACCGCCACCACAGUCAGAAGCAUCAGUUUAUCCACCCUAUGUCCGAGCCCCUCGAGGACGUCCUCCUAAAAACCCUCGCGUCUCUUCUUUCGUUGACCCAGCAGUAGUAGUAUCCAAGUCGAGCCCAUACGCUCACGACCCCGAGUACAACCGAGCCAGCUUUCCUUCCAGCCCACAGGAAGGCCCCGCAGGAGCUCGGUAUCAUAACGGCACAAGAGCAUACCCUCCAGGGGGAUACUUUCCGGGAUUUCGUGCGAGGGAGCCUUAUCCGAUUGAUCGUUCGCCUACAGUGCCUCAUGCAGGAGGACGUGCUUCGCCACAGGAAAGAGGGGUGUCGACGACCUCACCACUCCUCGCUGGAUCCAGAUCUCAUCCACUUUCACCCUUGAACGCGGUGAGCCGACCGGCGUACCCACCCGGUAGUUACACGGGUCACAUGUCGCCCCAUCAUUUGUCCCCAGACCUUCGACGAGGUGGAUCGCUGUAUCCGCCUCCUGGCCCGAUGCAUAGUUCUGGAGGCUACGGUGGCCCCCAUCCUCCACCUCCUACCAAGGGUCGCCGGUCACCGGUGGUGAUUGAUCUUUCGAGCGAGCCUAAUUCGCCUGUUUUGGAGCCUAUUCAAGCACCAUCGCCCAAGCCAAAGGAUGCGGGCAAGGGUCCACCCCAAGAUGCCGGAUCACCACGCGUUACUGCGUCAAAGUGA